AUACCUCUAUAUAGAUAGAGUGAGCAGUCAAUACGCUGUGCUGUGUGUGCGAACAUUAAGGACGAUUAGUCAACGCGAGUCGCGCAGUGAAUCAAUAUGAUUUUUCUGUACCUCAUACUAGUGUUCAUAUUUCUCUUUUACUAUGUUGUUUCACGUAAAUAUAAUUACUGGAAAAUUAGAAACGUGCCAUAUACGGAGCCAACAUUUUUAUUGGGAAAUUUUACUGAUAUGUUUCUCGACAAGAAGUUUAACGGAGAAAUAAUCGACGAUAUUUGCAAGCAGUUUCCAGACAACAAGUACGUUGGAGCUUUCAACGGUAUUGAACCUGUCCUAAUUCCUAAAGAUCCAGAAAUAAUCAAGUUGAUCGUGACCAAGGACUUUUAUUACUUUCAUGGACGAGCGUUAUCAAAAUACAAUGACAAGGAACCGGGUGGCUUGAACCUCUUCGGUACAUUUGGUGAUAAUUGGAGGGUUAUCCGGCAAAAUAUGACUCCAUUGUUCACAUCAGCCAAAAUGAGAAACAUGUUCCAUCUUAUAGAAAAAUGUUCCCACGAAUACGAAGCUAUGAUAGAUCGAGAAAUUAAGAUUUCCAAGGAGCACGAUGUGAUGCCGAUGACUACAAGGUUCACUAUGGACUGUAUUGGAGCCUGCGCUUUUGGUAUAGAUACUAAAACAAUGACAGAAGGAGAGGACGAUAAUCCGUUCAGAAGGAUAAUACGUUCUUCAAAACCUAAGAAAAGUAUGAUUUAUCAGGGUAUGCUGCGAUCUUUGUAUCCUGAAAUCUAUUAUGCUCUUGGUUUUAAGAUGCCUAGCACCCAAUUGGAUUUUCUGCAUAAGUUGGUCACUUCUGUGAUGAAACAACGGGAUAACAAACCUUCUGAGAGGAACGAUUUUGUAGACCUCAUUAUGAGUUGGAAACAAAAGCAUCAAAUAGUGGGUGAUAGCAUCAGGAAUAUGAAAACUGGUGAACAUGAAAAAGUGGUAUUGGAAGCGAGCGAUGAUUUACUGAUAGCUCAGUGCUACGUUUUCUUUGCUGCUGGUUUUAAAACAUCAACUACUGCUCUAAGUUACACUUUAUAUGAAAUCGCAAAACAUGAAGAUGUUCAGAAUAAAGUAUUUAAUGAAAUAGACUCGUAUUUAGCUCGUCAUAAUAACAAAAUAAACUACGAUUGUGUUUCGGAGCUGCCAUACUUGGACGCUGUCAUAGAUGAGACAUUCCGGGUCUACCCAGUUCUCAGUGUAAUACCAAGGGAGCUGAUGGAGGACUACACAAUGCCCGAUGGAACGAAGUUGGAUAAAGGUUUAACUGUACAAUUGCCUGUAUACCAUCUUCACCAUAACCCAAAAUUCUACCCAGAACCUGAAGUAUUUCGUCCAGAACGAUUUAUGGGUGAAGAGAAAAAGAAAAUCAAUCCGUAUGUAUAUUUACCGUUUGGAGAAGGACCAAGAGUAUGUAUAGGUAUGAGGUUCGCAAAGAUGCAAAUGUUGGCUGGUCUGAUCACGAUGUUGAAGAAGUAUCGCCUGGAGUUAGCUGAUGGUAUGCCGACGAAGCUGAAGUUCAAGGCCCAGUCCUUUAUCACGCACCCAGUAGGAGGAAUCAGGAUCAAAUUUAUUGAAAGAGAGGGAUGGGAGAGUAGGGUGUUUGCUAAGAGUAGCUAAAUUCAUGGACAGUUGGCAUCCCAUCAUGGAUUUGUUCAGGCGUGUUUAUGGAAAUUGUAGUACCAUUUUUUUAUUGACAGCUUAGUUAUCUGGAGAAUUUGACACACAUGAACAAAGCCAUGAUUUUUUAAAACGACGGAGUAAGAACUAAGGUCUUUAAAUCAAAAUUGGAAUGAUUUAAGCAUAAUGUUAUAUUGAAUUAUUUUUUAGUAAAUCUUGGUGUGUCAAGCACUAUAAUUUUGUUUUUAAAUGGAACUGAGAUUUAUCAGCUCAAAUUUUUUAAUAGUAUGUGACUGUUUUUUUAUUAUUUGUAUUGUUUACCUUAACAUUGGUAUUGUAUUAGUUCCCAGCUAGCUGUAAUCGAGGUUAAUGACUAAGAUUUUAUUUUAAUUGGUAUCUAUUGCAGAUAAAAAGGUUUUAAUAGUGACAAUGUUUAUAAAAUACUGUAAUUUUAUUUUGUGAGAUAUCAGCAUAUUUAACAAAACAUCUUUAGUGCUUGUAUUAAUUAUUAUAUCAAUUAUACUUUAAUACACAAAGC